ACAACUCAACUCGACUCCGAGGCCAAAGACCACAGAUGUUGGAGCGUUGACUGGAUGUGGAGCGUAGAGCUACAGCUCUGAGAGUAGUGGGAAUUCCUUGGUUUCUGCGGCUGGCGUGUGUAUGUGCAAUGUCGCUUCACUAUCCUUUGUGUUUUGUUGUUUAUCUGUUCGCGCUAUCUAAUAGUGUGUCAAUCCAAUGUAUAAUUUGUGAAAAUCAAAAUGUGAGGGACGCCAAGAAAGUGUAACUUUAAAAUGAACGCUGGGGGUGAUUUGGCGACCUGAGAAUUUCAAGUUUUUUAAGGACUUUGAUUUGGAAUACUGCAUGGCGCUUGUGGGAUCUCGAGCUUCUCAAAUGAGGGCUUUCCAAACUGUCAAUUCUUCAUCACAGCAGCAUAAUAUUUUAGCUGCUCAGACGUUUUAUACGACAACGGCCGUAAACUCACAAGAUGCCAAACAUGACAGGCCCAUAGGCUACGGUGCUUUUGGAGUGGUUUGGUCCGUGACGGAUCCUCGUAAUGGAAAGUUAGUGGCAUUAAAGAAAAUGCCUAAUGUUUUCCAAAAUCUUGUAUCCAGUAAACGUGUCUAUCGGGAGAUUAAAAUGUUGUGUUUCUUCAAACAUGAAAAUGUUCUGUCGGCUCUUGAUCUCUUACAACCUCCCCACAUAGAAUUUUUCCAAGAAAUCUAUGUGAUUACAGAACUAAUGCAAAGUGAUUUGCAUAAGAUCAUAGUUUCUCCCCAGCCUCUGAGUGCAGACCAUAUCAAAGUCUUCUUAUAUCAACUUCUAAGAGGUUUAAAAUAUCUCCACUCAUCGAAUAUUUUGCAUCGAGACAUCAAGCCAGGAAAUCUUUUAGUUAACAGUAAUUGUGUCUUGAAGAUUUGUGAUUUUGGACUUGCAAGAGUUGUUGAGAAAGAUAAAAAUAGAAGCUUGACGCUGGAAGUAGUUACCCAAUAUUAUCGAGCUCCCGAGCUUUUGAUGGGAGCAAGACAUUACACUGCAGCUGUAGAUAUGUGGUCAGUGGGAUGCAUCUUUGCUGAACUUUUGAGUAGACGAAUAUUAUUUCAAGCACAAUCUCCUGUACAGCAGUUGGAUCUUAUAACUGAUCUUCUUGGCACACCUAAUUUUGAAGACAUGAAAUAUGCCUGUGAAGGUGCUAAAGUACAUAUUCUCAGUAAGCCAACGAAAAUGCCAUCUCUGAGUAAGCUGUAUCAUUUAUCACCUCAUGCUGGUUCAGAAGCUGUCCACCUAAUCACCAAAAUGCUGCUCUUUAAUCCAGACAAGAGGAUCUCAUGUGCUGAUGCACUCGCUCAUGCUUAUCUGGAUGAAGGACGACUGCGAUAUCAUUCCUGCAUGUGCAGAUGUUGUUACACAACGCCACUGGGACGUCAUUACACCGAUGAUUUUGAACCUGUUGCCAAUCAACUGUUUGAUGAUUCUUUUGAAAGGAAUCUAGAAUCUGUAGAUCAAGUUAAAGAUAGGCUCUAUAGAUUCAUAACGGAUCAUUGUCAGCGGGCUACCAGAGUUCCAUUAUGUAUCAACCCUCAAUCUGCAGCCUUUACUAGUUUUUCAAGCUCAACUGUUGCUCAGCCCUCUGAACUGCCUCCCUCACCCCACCAGUGGGACUGAAGACUUAGUUGCAAGAAAAUAAAUUAAGGCCAAAUCAAUUUUCUACUACUGUGAUGCAAUCAUAACAAGGAAAUGCUAGAAUUAUAAAAUAUUGUGUUCAAGAAUUAUCUUCCAUUGUGUUAUUUAUUUCUUAGGACAUAUAUUAUGCACAACCUUUGUUUCUUUUCAUCUUCCAAUCAAGGCAUUGUUGAAAUGUAUUUCUCGUCUGAAAACAUUGAUAUGAUUUGUUUUUAAUAUAUAUAUAUAUGAAUGUUGAAUGAUUUUUACUCACAUUAGUUUUUUAAAAUAAGAUUUUAUCAUAUGUAGUUAUUUUACUUAGAUUGAUUUAAAUAUGGACUAUUUUUAUGCGAUACUUGAUUUUUAAAUGAUUUGAAAUUUUGUUUUAUUCCUUUGUGUUAAAAACAUUAAAAUGUUAAAUUAUUAACUUAGAGAUUAUGCACAGCUGUUUCCACAUCAAGCAUUGCUUUUCUGUUAAAUACUCCUAAUGAAAAACUGGCUUGUUGUACUAGAAAGCAACUAAUUGAGCUAAAAGCUUAAAUUGUGGACAGCCUAUUGUGAUGAUAAUCCUAUGCAAAGUGGCGCACAAAGUAAAUAAUUGCGAUUUUCCAUGAAUUUAGAAAAAUCUGCGAAGUUGUUAAAAUUUUAAAAACUGGGACAAUUUUAGAAGAAUUCUAAUUUUGUGACUUUUGUUAAGGAGGAUAUUGUAAUUUCAUAGAAGCUCUAACAACAACAUUGAUUGGUAAGAGAGGUGUGUUUUACUUGUCUGCUUAACUUGUAAAACAGGUGCAGUGCCCCCGAUUUGUAUAGUUACUGGUUAGUAAAUUUAUCAUCAAUUUCCAGCACAGAUUUUUUAAUCCAGAACAAAAACAUUUAUAUAUGAUGAUACUUAAGUUUCUUGGUUUAUCAGACUCUAGGUCACUCAUUGAAAUAUCAAAAUGACUGAAUUGUGAAAGAAUAACUAAUGUGUAAAGAAAUUUGUUUAAAAUUAAUUUUUUAUAUUAUUUACAGUUAUAUAACAAGUUAUUAGUAAAUAUUAACAAUCAUUGUUUUUCUAAUUGAAAUUAUAAAGCAGUCAAAAUGACUUACAUAUUUUUGAGCAAUCUAGUAUUAGGGGGAGGGGGAAAAACUGGAAAAUAUUUUACAUUUACUUUAAGGACUAUUGUUUUUCACCGCUUUUAUUGAAAGAUUGGAUUUAAAAUUUGUUAGAAUGUAGAAGGGUCAGGUUAUGAAGUAAAUCGGCAGCACUAUCUUCAUAAAUUCAAAUUUGUCUGCUACUCGAACACAAUCAGGCAAAUAUUUAUAAAUUAUAAAAAUUUUCUGCCACCUCAAUUUAUUUUGAACGAACAAUAAUACUGCAAAACGUAAAAUAAAAUUUUAUCUAUUCCUUGAUCUAACUCCCUUAAUCUUGCAACUAAUAGAAUUUUUUUUUUAACUUUUUGUACUCUGAGGUGCUAUUUCACUUCCUCUUUAUAAUUUUCAUGAAAAACGAGAUGCUGCCAGGGUGUGCAUCGAGGACAGAAUACUUCCUUCCAAUAAAAAUAAGUGCUUGGAUUGUUUUACUGGGAUUAAGGAAUCAUUGAAUUUAAUCUACCAUAUUUAAUUAUAAUAGUUACAUUAACUUUAAAUAUGAUUUUUAAUUGGAUAUCAAACUUUGUAGUUUUACAUUAAUGAAUGUUAUUGCAUAUUUCUACUUGUAAUGUAAGAAAAUACCCCUAUUCCUAAUGUGUAGUAGGUUUUCGGUUUGUGAAAUCAACCAACGUGAUAACGGUGGGCACUGUAUUAUGAUGUUGAAAAUCCUAUUUUUGCCUAGAACCUGUGUUUGGAAACUUUAGGCAAAAAUGUUUUUUGGAAGGACUUAUCAGUGUUGAAACGUUCUAAGUAAAAUGAAACAGAUAUGGAUGGUGGUUUCUGUAAUCAAAAGUGUGGUAAACUUAUUAUACCUUGGAGUUCAUGCAUAUAUUCUAAUGUAUUACAUUAUUUGUUGAAAUUUUUUAACUCUAAAGGUAAAUAUAAGCUUAAAAAGAUGUAGGCUACACCACCAUUAAGAGCUAAAAUAUAAACCGUAAUAUUGAGGAAUAUGCAUGAAAUUAAUAAUAGAAGUAUAGCAAGAUACAGAAUCUCGAAACAGUUAGUAAAUAAAGCAACCCUAUCUUAUUAAGAUUUUCUUUUAAUAAUUACUUUUUUUAAACAUUUUUAUUAAUUCUUUCAGUUUGCUUUUUAAACACAUAAAAUAUUUUUAUGAUUGAGAGUAUAAUUGCUAAUAGGAAUUUGUUUUUCAAUUAAACAAAAAUCUGCAAUUUUUAAAUUAUACUUAAAUUAUUGCCUUGUUGAUUAAGCUAACAAUGGCUUGACUGAAUUAGAUGCAGUUUAUUUACUUAUUGAAAACACCAUCUAUUGAGUUUCAAAUUGUUUUUGGUCCCAAAGCACAAUCACUUGUCUGAUUUAAGCUAGGUCUCUUGGGUAAAAAUAAGAAUGAUUAUUCAAAAAUUCUUAUAAUAUAGAAAAAUUAGUUUUUAACAUAAUUUUUUUUUCCAUUUACUGUCUUCAUGUUCUUACAGCGACAUAUGUUGCUGUGAAAUGUAGCCUUAUAGAUGUUUGUUUUGUAUUUGUUCUGCAGUUGUUAGUGUCUCUUAUCUAUACAUUUUAGUUUUCAAAUGUUUUUAUCUUGUGUGUGACAAGUUGGAAAUAUUUUAAACUUCAUCGAAGGCAAUUAAUAUUUUUCUAUGUAAAGUUCAUCUCUUGCCCAUCUUUGUAUUAUUCAUAUGCAACUGAUAAUUCCGUCAGAUGUAGUACUUGUCAUCAGCCUCAAUUUAGCUAUUAAACUUAUACUUUGUGAAAUUUACUAGAUGCUAUAAGACAUUGUUUAGAUUUGUGUUAGUUUAACUCUAUAUGUUUGAUAAAGAAAUAUAAAACCAACUUAUAGAAUGGAAUCUAAUAUCAACUUCUGAAGCUGAAUAAUUUAAUGCUAAAAUAUAUUCAUCAAUAUUCUAAGAUUCUGAUGCCUAACAGAUUUAAAAAAUAUGCAAUAUCCAAACAUAGUCAUUUGUUGAAUUGUUCUGGAUAUGUUCUCACUCUUACAGCAAAAUAACUUGGGCCAAUAUUCAUGAAUCUUGGCUCAAUAAGGUUUCAAAAACCUGUUAUUUUUCAGAUAUUGGACCUAUUUAGAAUUUUCCAAUUCAUCCAAUUUCAAACCAAUAUUGGUCCUAUAUAGAAUUGUCAGAUGCACCUGAUAUUUAAUGUCCAUUAUUAGGUUCUAUGCAGGCCCUAUAUAGGACCAAUAUUACAAGAUAUCGACAUCACAAUAUAGGACCCAAGGUAAAAUUAUUGCUAGGGAACUGUUGCAUGAUUCUUUAUAAAUCUUUGAUCUGUGUAGCAUCCAACAUAGAUGAUUUAAAAUAUAAUACUAUCAAAAUUAUAUUUUAAAAAUAUACAUUAUAUUAAGACAAGUUAUAUCUUUUGUAUGGAAUGCUUUAAUAUCUGGGCUGUGUGAGUUGGAGAAAAUUUGUUACUGUUGAAAAAUUUGCCAGUUAUGUUGUUCAGGUCAAAACUAUCACUCAACGGUAUUGUAUGACAAUUAUUUAAUAAUUAUCACAUUCAAAAGUUUUUGAAACAAUGUUUUAGUGAAGAAAAAAAAUUCAGAUUAAUUUACUGUAUCAUUUGUAUGAGCUCUCUAUGAAUUAUUUAUACAUCAAAAUAAGUUAAAUUCUUUUAUAAUAGUUCAGGAAUUACUGUUAUUUAUAAAAAUUCAAUCAUGUAGCAAAUUUCAAAUGUGUUUAAUAACAUACGGUGACUGAGGUAUUAAAGAUUUUUAUUUUUUUUAAAUCACUGUUACAUUAAUUAGUAAUUAAUGGCUCUGUCAUUUAUGAUAGAAAAAUGUAUGUGUGUUUUAAAUUUUCUCAAUGUCUUGAUCACAUUUUUUUUAGAUUGAGGCUUGUGGCAUAUCAUUGUGUAUGGCUAACAUGUAGUCUGUUUUCCUAUACAUUUCAUGAUCUGUCAUGUAUGCACUAUUGUCUAUUUGCAUUGCCUGAGUUAAGUAUAAGGGUUUCAUGUGUAAAAAAGCAUCACUGCCACUAAAAUAAUUCACCUUUUUGUAAAUACUUGUUAAAGUGAUAUUUACUGUACAUAAUGUUAAUACCUCAAUAAACAGGAAUACAGGUGCAUUUUGUCAUGCACAUUUCAACUUGAUUUAAAACAAAACCCUUGUGAUAAUAGUAUUCUUGUAACUAUAUAAUGAGGAUUAUUAGAAUCUGGUUUCAAUGAGAAAAUUUCUUGUGCUUAUUAGUCUAUUUAAAUGUUAAGAAAAUGUGGUUUGAGGAUAAUUUUUAUUUUUAAUCUUGCACUUGAGCUCAUUUUUUGACCAGACUUUUAAUUUUUUUUUCUUCAUAUGUUAGUCAUGUGUUCUGUUUUGUUAUAUGCUUCUU